CUGUCAUGGGCACCAUGGCUGAGAAGUCGUCCUUUCUCACAAUAAAAUGCUCCAUCCAUAGUUAACCUUGGUCAUUCAGGGACAUUUAUGUAAUAACAUUUGUUAAAAACUUAGUGUUAGGCUAACAACUUCCAUAUUCGUAUGUAUAAAAUAGAAGAUUUCUAAAAAAAAACUCACAUAAAUCGCAUGUUAAUUUGGGACCAAUUAACGGAUUCAAGCAAAUUUUGAAUCCGGAUGAUUUUCUGUCAGAGAGUUGUAUAGUUAAGAAGAAAACACAAAUAAAAUUACAGUCUCUCACAAUAGCUGCCACAUUGCAGAAGGAUUUAAAAACCAUGCGUUUUAGGCACGGUUUGUGAACUUUUACGCAUCAGACUUUCUCACCACAAUUUACUUGGAACAAAAUACCUGAUAAACACACAGAGUUAGAAACAGUUCAAUUUUGCAAGAGAACUUAACGGCAUCUUCUCCGGGUCUCUAAUUCAUGUCUUAUAUUCACGGUAAUACUGAACAAUAUUGGCUAAACUCUCUUCAUGUCGACAUUCGCAAACUGUCUAUGACAGAUGAAGCUACAUAGAUUAAUUGUUUAAAAAAAUAACAUAAUGUUCACAACGUAUGCUGAUAAAAUCACUUUACCAGUAAGUUAAAAAAAGCGAGCUUAUGCAAACUCUCAGUGCGUCGUCCUCAGUUAGAGCACUUACACUAUGAAGCUGGGCGGUGCGAAGGAGGGACCAUGCGGGAGAGAAAACAGCCUAUCAAGUGUUAACUGGAGCUGCUCCUGCUCAGAAUAUUGUAAUAGACUUGACAGCUCCUGAUGUGGGCUGUUCAUUAGCAGAGCGAACUUUGUUCACCACAAUUAAAUUAGAACAAUUAGAGAAAAGUGGCGAAAAGAUCGAACCAGUGAGGACCGCCGGCUUUCCAGGGGCUGUUCUCUUGAUGCUUCCGAAUAAAUCGCACGCGAGCCCCUGGGACUAUCCGUGCUCUUAUUACAAUCAUGACAUUGAGUUUUUCGCCCUUCUCCAUCAAAGCCAUCCUCACCGGACGUGAUUCCCGGGGAAAGCCGAGAGCCAAGAGCACAGAGGACUUCUGCGCCACAAAGCGCAACAUCUGUUCAGCGCAAAAUGGCACCAGAUUACCUGGUCCGUGUCACCAAGGCGCGGAGGAGAGCCGCGUCCAGCCGGAGAGACUUCAUCCUGGUCUCAGGCUGUGUUUUGGAGAGCUCCGAUCUGAGGACACAGGAGAGCAGAGGGAGCUCACACAAGGCGUUGCUGCAGACCAGCAGUCGCGCUGCAUGGACCUGGACAACCCACGGAGAAGGGAGGCGGGGGCGGCAGAGGUUGGAUGUCGCCACGGCGGGGAGACGGUGGGCCGCUCAGCCGACGAGCGACAGUCCAGGCCCGGCACGAAGAAGCGCUCCAGAGCGGCCUUCUCUCACGCACAGGUCUACGAGCUGGAGCGCCGCUUCGACGCGCAGCGGUACCUCUCGGGGCCCGAGCGCGCCGACCUGGCCGCGGCUCUGAAACUCAGCGAGACGCAGGUCAAAAUCUGGUUCCAGAACCGGAGGUACAAAACCAAGCGGCGCCAGGUGGCCGCCGAGCUGGCGGCGUGCGGCUCGCCUAAGAAAGUGGCAGUCAAGGUGCUGGUGAGGGACAGCCAGAAGCAGUGCCUCCACGCCAGUGGAGUGCACAUCCCGAUGACUGUGCCACUGUACCGGGCCCACCAGCACUACCCCUACCUGCACUACUACUGCCAGCCCUGGAACACGAACAACUGGAUGCCGUGAAGCUGCGGGGACUUCCAAUACGAGGUGCCCUGUCUGUCCGUGUGGCUGUUGGCAGCCUCCUGCUCAGGCCGUGCAUGGUGCAGCACCAAUCAUCUUCUUCUUCUUUUCUUUUUUUUGGAUUCAUUAUGGUUCAAUUGAAUUGUUUGUGUUGAUAUCACGUUGGCAUUUUUGUUCCAUUUUUAGGCAAAGCAGUGUCAGAACUUGGUCUUCUAGUCAGGGUUCGUAAAAUAUUUCUCACCAUGAAAUUCACAGAUUCAAAGAGAGACCAUAUUGUUUUUAAAAUCGACAACAUUAAAAAAACAAACUUGUAUAUGAUUUCACAUUUUCUUGCUGUGAACAAUAGUGUUUUUGAGAGUGUAGUCCAUUUAAGGAAAUGUCUGUGUGAUGAAAUCUCUCACAUUUAAGAGCUAGAUUUGAGUGUUGUUAUUGGUUCAAACGUUUCUCUCUCUCUCUCUGACCUGGUUGGGCUCAGAAAGGGGGAAGGGUAACAUUCUUUUUAUUACCUCAGAAUUAUGUUUGUACAAUCCCUUGUGGAAUUAAGACACAUAAUACAUGCUUUUUGAUUUUAAAAGCUAAAGUAUAAGAUUGAACUCGCCUCCCGCAGUCGUUUUUGUACAGUCCUAAAAUAAACUGAGGAGAAAAGGGGGACGAGUUUUUAAAGUGGAAUUCAGUGGGAAUCUAAAUGAUAUCAAACUGUUAAAUGCAUUUUCACAAAAGGUGUGAUUUGCUUUCAUUUCCGUUAUACUAAAUAGUUCAAUGUAUACAUACAAUGCAUUGGAAACAAUAUAUUAAUAAUUUACGAAAUACAUCAGUAAAUACUGAAUCCUGUCACUCUUAAUUCUCAGAGAGUUCCUUGCUGGCUGCCUCAAGACCCCACAUCUACGUAUAAUAAGUUGCUUCUCCCCUCUCCUCCAUCACUGCCAGUGACAGUCCAUUUUAAGCGACCAGGCAGAGCGGAGAGGAAUCCUGAAUUUAUACAGACCAUCGCUUUUCUCGACGUGCAUGAAGCAUGCCCGAGGCGCCGACAUUUUUAGUAGGUAUUCAUUUUAUUCAUGGGACAUCCUUAUGGAUCAUGAAACUCAACAUAACACCUGCAAGAUCAGACUCUCCGCAGGAGGUUUAUGGACCUUCCCUCUCCUUUUGGAGAGUACAUCUGUGAGUGUCCACAACAGAUUGAUUUGAAGUUUACUCAUUUUAGUAUUACACAGAGGUACUCAAAUGUUUCACAGACUCAGCCAAACGAUAUUUAGAACUUGAAUAUUUAAUGUUUUUUUUAAAAGGUGUGUUUUGUGCGUGUUUGUUAAGAGUCCUGCAUAGGCCUGUGUGCUGCAUGAGUCAUAGAGGGCCAAUGGACCGUGGAGAUGUUGCACCAUAAAGCCAGGCUGCGCAAGACAGCACACAUUAAUCAUGCCCUCCUGAAAAGACUGCACCCUCACCCCCAAAGUAAUAGCCACACUUCAUGGGAAUAUAAAAACAUAAUUGUUAAACGAGGUGACUCCAGUGCUUUGGAAGAGUUCUCCACUGAUUGCACUUAGCAGCCAGUUGGUUUUAACUGCCAGAGAACUGGAGUGUGCCCUGACUGAUGCAGUACAGACAAACAGAGGAGAGAAGUGUUGUAUGUGGUUUGGAAUCAGAAAAUAAAAUACCUCGUGUAUACUUGUGCAACAAGUUAAAUGAUAUCACUUUGACACUAUUUGUCUCCAGCACGGUGCUGUAUGCCUGUUCAAGUCUAUUAGUACAACAUAACAAAACUGAAGAGGCCCAGACAUCCAAGAAAUGUGGCACUUGAACUUCACAUUUCCCACAACAAGCUACUUUGGCGAUCGCCCUGUGCCAAACCGUGGCACCGACCACAACCUAAUCUGACGCUUGUAUCAAAACACCACUUCAAGCUCUCCUAAGUGGUUGGCAUGGUGCACGGCAGGUUUCUGGGUACAAGAAAUAACACAUCUCUUCCCGGCUAACUGUCUGUACGGUAAGUCAGCAGGGCACAAUUAAGGUAACCUAUUAUUUUUCAUACACACAGGGUGUACUCGCUAUUCAAAACCCCAGACGACUACGAUUCUGCAGCACAAAGGUCGGGACUGUGGCUCAGAGGUAUGCCGCUUUCUAUGGCCGCUGAUUAUUUCGCAUUGUGCUGGUGAAUGGUCGCUAAUGUCAUCGUUGUUCACUGUGACUCGAUAAGAAGUUUUUCUUCUCCUGCACCGGUCAGUGGUGUCACACUGAUGUAAAUUUCCACAGAGCACAGAGAAAGACACUGAAAACAAACGUAGACUGUAACAUAACCCAAGAUGACAUUGAUGGCUAUUGACCUCAUCCAUAAGGAGGUUCAGGAGAAUGUUUUUUUUCAGAAAAUGACACUGGCCCUUCAUCUACAUUCUGGUUUAUUAAAAAAAAAUGGUCAUGUU